AUGACAAUAGCAUUUACCUUCGUUGUCGUUUUACCUAUUUGUGGAAUCUCAAUCAGAUAUUUGACGAAUGUCACUGAUCCAGGCAAACUGUUGCCAUUGCAAACGUAUUAUCCUUAUGACGUGUCAAAGAGACCACAAUACGAAUUGACAUUCUUUAUUCAGAGUAUUGCUAUUUUCUUUGCUAUCUUGUCAUAUACUGGUAUUGAUAAUUUUCUUGGAUUAUUGGUGUUUCAUAUUUGCGGCCAACUGGAAAUUCUUAGAUAUCGUAUUACGCAUUUGGAUAAUUUUAUCAAUUUCCAUGACAUUUUAAAAAAGAAUUUAAUAGAAAAGGGGAAUAAUAUAUCAAUUACUCACCUGACAUAUGAAGUAUGUAUUCUUGUCAACACAUUUGGUCAUAUGUGCGUCUAUUGUGCUGUAGGAGAAAUUCUAGUGACACAAUGCGAUCAAAUUCAUAGUGCUGUGUAUAACAACAAAUGGUAUACUUUAGAACCAAAAAGCGCAAAAUGCUUAAUUGUCUUAUUAAUUAGAAGCAAUAAAUCGAAUUAUCUUACCGCUGGAAAAGUAUUUCCUAUGACAAUGGCUACAUUUUGUAACCUGUUAAAAACGUCAGCAGGCUACAUAUCUGUAUUACUUACAACAAGGAGUCAAUCAAAGUUUUAA